UUGCAGAGGACUGCUGUAACCACAGUAACAGCCUGUAUAAUUUAUCAGUCCACGGUGGUGAAAACAUGGAGCAGGAUUGCAUCCCCGGUCUGUACCGAUCUCUGGGUAAGUCUGUCGGAGCAGAGUUUUCCUCUGAGGAUGUGAGUCUCCUCUACCACAAAGUGUUUCACGUUUCCUCCAACACCGAUGAAGCACAUGUGGCCAUGAAGAAGAUCACAGGAGGUGACAGUAGUUGGUCAUGUGUUGGUGAAAAUGUCGUGGAUGUUCUCCUCGAAAUGGAAAGGGAGAAGGAAAAGAAGGAAAAGCUCUACUGGGACCUCCAGCUGCUAAAUGUUGGACAUCUCAACACUCUCUAUGUGAUGGACAAACAAGUUAGAGUCAAUCCUCAUGUGCUGAAUUGCACAGACCCAAAUACUUUCAAACAAGUGGUGGGGGGGAAAGAGCUGUAUGGGAGUGUGAGAGGUGUGAAGAGGCUCAAGAAGGCAGCCAGGCAGUGCUGGGCCAGAUUGGCAUCAGAGAGUGUGCAAAGUAUACUGCCCUCUCCCUGGCAGGGCCAAAGCCUCGGGGUCAGAGGUGAGGCCUGGGGCUGUGUCUCCCUAUCAGACGUCCUGCUCUUGCUGGAAGUGAAGUAUGAUGUGGUGACCCACUUGCUUUAUACUGAAAUGCUUCAGGAGCACUACACUCUGAGUAUCUGGGAGACUCUGCUGCCAUGGCAACAACUUAAGGAACAGGAGGGGCUGGGGGAUCUUGCAGAUGAGGCUUUGGUGUCAGGUGACAUGCUUCGUUUGGCUGAGCUGCCAGGAGCCUUAAGGGUAUACAGGGCCUUCCUGAGAAGCCGUCCUGAGUGCAGGGAGCAGUGUUGGUCUGCUGUUUCGCUCCUCUAUGAGUUAUGCACAUUUCGCCGACAAGAAAGGGACACACUGACAGUCCUGGGUGAGAGGCUGGACAGGAAGAGCCUGAGGCUGUUGUGCUUAUACAUCAGAUUGGCAACUCUCAGAGCUCAGAGAGAGAAAAUGUCUUACAGCGCUCUACUGGCAGCUCGGCAGUCCUGGGAGACAUGGCCACAUGUUAAGAGUCCCUGCAGAGCAGAGCAGGCAGCACUGUGGCUACAUGGUGAAGAGGAGGAGCAACAGAAAGACUUUAUCUCAGUAUCACCACAGCAGCAGGCAGUGCUGCAGUUGCUGGUGCUGACUCAGGAGCAGGAGCGGAAGCACCUGGUCAAGUUGGCAAACGGGGUCUCCAUCGAGGAUUUGCAAGAGCCAGGUUGCACAGUGCCUCCAAAUGAGGAUAGCCAUCAGCAAUCUGCUUUAAGAAAUGGCUGUAUAAAAAGACUGAGAGAAAUCCAUGCUGGCCUGCAGACAUGCAAUGGCACUCAGACCCCCUUAAAGCGAACAGACCUUCAGCCACAACUGCAGCCGCACAUAAGCAGUCAACCGGCAAUGUGGUACCAACACCAUCUGGAGGAUUGUUCCCUGCUCCUUUUGACCCAUCUGAUGGAGCUCCAGGAAGUCCAAGCGUCUGCAUUACUGCCAGCACUGAUGGACAAGAGUGCACAGUGUGUCCGAGCUCUGCGAGAUGCAUAUGAAUCAGAACUUCAAGCACAACGCUACACCAACCUGCUCCAGCUGAUAUCAGAUGCCCCACUUACUUCAGGCUCUAUAAUCCCUCCUUAUCCAAACUUAACCGGAAAUAGCAUCAAUGAGCAAAUCACAGCUCCGUCCUGCUGCAGUGGUCUGGUCGAUGCUCAGAACAGCAGUGGCGGGCCAGCUGAAGCGCCGACGGUGGAUUCAAUCAGAAGGGCCAGCAGAGAACUAAAUGUGAUGCAAGCUGCAGAAUGGACGGACAAAGAGGACGUCUUUAUAGGUUGUCGAGCGGUCAUGGAGGACCUGCCCUACUUGGAGAUCUUGUGUGUCUCAGAUGCAACAAGUCAGAGUCUCACCGCAGACCGAGGAGGCCAGGAAGAAGAAGUGGGCAGUGCAACUAAGAGCUCCCAGAGUUAUGAGAAACAGGGCUCACUGAUCACCCUUGCUUGGAGCAAACCAACAGAGGAUGACACUGAGUAUGAGGAAGGCACUGCGGUCAGAGGCACAGGACAGAGCCAGGAUGUACAGCCAAAUGACACAAGCAGUACAGCUGAACACACACCGUGUGAGGAGAUUACUGGAGAAGAGAUGAAACCCACUCUGCUCCACUCUGAUUCCACAGGUCACCCUAACGCACAGUCUGCAGACCAGCAGUGCAGCACAGUAGGACAGAGAGCACUAGCUGAUCUACCAGAGAAGGGAGAAUCUGAAUGUGACCUGCAUGCACAUGCUUUGGUAGCAGAGACCCCGCAGGCUGCACAACCACAUCUCUUGGUUGACCCUCCUGAGAUCAAGCGGCAUGGUGGUGACAUCUGCUCUGAACUGAUGAAAGAGACAGCUAAUGUCGACAGAGACGUGCUUGAGGUAGAAAUGUGUCCCACUGCAACAGAGUCGGAGCUGUGGGACCUGAGAGGCCCCGAACCCGCUCAUGUUGAGGACCAGACAUAUAAUACAGAAGCCGCGUUUGACAGUAGCCCUGCAGAAGGGGAGGCAAUGAGGGAAUCCACACUGAUGGAGAGAGAGCGAGCAAGAGAACCAGUCUCAGAAAUGGAGAGAGAAAUAACAAUGCGCAACCUGGUGGACGUGCAAAGAAAGGUCGAACGGAGGCAGCAGAGAGAGAGAGAGAGACAACUGCUGAGGGUUCAGGAGCGUCUGUCAAUCAUACAGAACAGAAAGGCAGAGGAAGACUUGCUUGGCCUGAAACACACAGACAGGCUAAGGCACCUCACAAAAGAUCUACCACAGGAGGAUAAGAACCAGCAGAAGACAGUUGUCAGAGAGCGACUGGAGCAGCUGAGAAGAGAGAGAUCCCACGUCAUGCAGUCCAAGCGAGACAGGAAUACUGCAGGAUUUAAGGAGCUCCUGGGUCCAGUAGCUCUCAACAGCAGUGAAACAGAUGAGGGAGCAGACUGA